AUGGCACUGCUCCCCACACCUGGAGUGCCGCGAGUGCCACGUAGCAACCGAGAGCAUCAGAUGUUUGCCUUGAAGUGCCAUGCAAUGUUGAGAAGGGCCACGUCAGAAGCUGGAGUACCAGGUGCCAAGUAUCAACUUGAAGUGGUAUUUGAUUACGUCGAGUGUCACUUGGUACUAAAGCAAGGAAGUAAAGCAGAGGCCUCACGGUCCAACAACGAUCUUACGCAUGCAGAGUCCUACAGACUAAGCAGAGACGCUCAAAGUCAGCAAAAGUACACCCCGAGGCCUUACGCACGGACGUUACGCAUUGAGAUGUUACCAGAGCUCAAGCACGAGACCGUCAAGCAGGACGUCACUGCAAGGACGAGCUCAAGCCAGGAGAACAACGUCGUCUCCAUCUCGAGCAACAAAGGCGGAGAGGGCUCCCCACCCCAUCCGCACCUCCCUCUGGACCUCCGCCCUCUCCGCAGCAUCCGCCGCGCAUCCCGACCUCCGAGAGCCGGUGUUGUGGGCGCGAUAGACAGUACGACCACCGUCUCCUUCACUCUCGAAGGAGCAAGAGCAGCUGGGAGUCAUUUAGGUGCACAAAGGAUGGAUGUAUUGAGUUCUAGUCUGCGUCUUAUAAUGAUGCUGCUUCUACCUUCCAACACCCCCCUAAAAAAACCCUCUAAUAAACCCCCUCAACGACCAUCCCCCAAAAAAAAUCUAACAACCUCCCAACGAUCUUCCAACGACCCUCUAACCCAACCUCCCAAAGACCUCCCAACGACCUCCUUUUCGACUCCCAAAGACCCUCCAAGAAAUCCCAACGACCUCCCCGCAAAACCUCUCAACCCCCCAACGACCUUCCAAAGACCAGCCAACGAACCUCCAAGACCCCCCCACAAACCUAUAACAACCCCCAACCCACCUCCCAACGACCAUCCAAAGACCUCCUUUAACGACCUCCCAACGACCAUCCAACGAACCUCCCAACGACCUCCCAACGACCUCCCAACCACAAUGACCGUCUUCUAG